AUGACAGAAGAAGACAAUAAACGACAUAACGCUUUAGUCCGUCCUGCGUGUAGUGGUCAGACUGAAGAUGUUAAAUUUCUUAUUGAGAAAGGCGCUGAUAUUAAUUGGGUCAAUACAUUUAAAAGAAAUGCAUUAAUGGAAGCCAGUUUUAUGGGACAUACAAAAACUGUCGAAUUUUUACUGACACAAGAUUUUAAUAUCCAACAGAGGGAUAAUGAUGGAAAUAGUGCGUUAUUAUUGGCUUGUAAAGCUGGACACCUCAGUACUGUUGAAUUACUUUUACAACAUAAAGCAAGUCUGACUGAAGUAGACAAUAACGAAUAUAACGCUUUACUACAAGCUGCAUGGCAAGGUCACACAGAUGUUGUUAAAUUUCUUAUUGAGAAAGGCGCUGAUAUUAAUUGGGUACAUAAAUUUAAAAGAAAUGCAUUAAUGGAAGCCAGUUUUAUGGGACAUACAAAAACUGUCGAAUUUUUACUGACACAUGAUUUCAAUAUUCAACAGACAGAUAAUGAUGGAUAUAGUGCGUUAUUAAUGGCUUGUGCACAUGGACACCUCAAUACUGUUGAAUUACUUUUACAACAUAAAGCAAGUCUGACUGAAGUAAAUAAUAAAGGAUAUAACGCUUUACUAAUAGCUGCAUGGGGCGGUCACACAGAUGUUGUUAAAUUUCUUAUUGAGAAAGGCGCUGAUAUUAAUUGGGUCAAUAAAUUUACAAGUAAUGCAUUAAUGGAAGCGAGUUUUAAGGGACAUACAAAAACUGUCGAAUUUUUACUAACACACGAUUUUAAUAUUGAACACAAAACAGUGAAUGGUUACACAGCGUUAUUGCUUGCCUGUGAAGCUGAACACCUCAGUACUGUUGAAUUACUUUUACAACAUAAAGCAAGUCUGACUGAAAUAAAUAAUAAAGGAUAUAACGCUUUACUAAGAGCUGCAUGUAAAGGUCACACAGAUGUUGUUAAAUUUCUUAUUGAGAAAGGCGUUGAUAUUAAUUGUAUCAAUACAUUUAAAAGAAAUGCAUUAAUGGAAGCCAGUUUUAAGGGACAUACAAAAACUGUCGAAUUUUUACUAACACAAGAUUUUAAUAUCCAACAGACGGAUAAUAAUGGAAACAGUGCGUUAUUAUUGGCUUGUGAAGCUGGACACAUCAGCACUGUUGAAUUACUUUUACAACAUAAAGCAAGUCUGACUGAAGUAAAUAAUAAAGGAUAUAACGCUUUACUAAUAGCUGCAUGGGGCGGUCACACAAAUGUUGUUAAAUUUCUUAUUGAGAAAGGCGCUGAUAUUAAUUUGGUCAAUACAUUUAAAAGAAAUGCAUUAAUGGAAGCCAGUUUUAUGGGUCAUACAAAAACUGUCGAAUUUUUACUAACACACGAUUUUAAUAUCCAACAGACGGAUAAUAAUGGAAACAGUGCGUUAUUAUUGGCUUGUGAAGCUGGACACCUCAGUACUGUUGAAUUACUUUUACAACAUAAAGCAAGUCUGACUGAAGUAAAUAAUAAUGGAUAUAACGCUUUAAUAUACGCUGCAUGGGGCGGUCACACAGAUGUUGUUAAAUUUCUUAUUGAGAAAGGCGCUGAUAUUAAUUGGGUAAAUACAUUUAAAAGAAAUGCAUUAAUGGAAGCCAGUUUUAAUGGAAAUACAAAAACCGUCGAAUUUUUACUAACACAAGAUUUUAAUAUCCAACAGACGGAUAAUGAUGGAGAUAGUGCGUUAAUAUUGGCUUGUAAAGCGGGACACCUAAGUACAGCUGAUUUACUUUUACAACACAUAGCCAGUCUUACUGAAGUAAAUAAUGGAUAUAACACAUUACUAAGAGCUGCAUGGGGCGGUCACACAGAAGCUGAUAAAUUUCUUAUUGAGAAAGGCGCUGAUAUUAAUUUGGUUAAUACAUUUAAAAGAAAUGCAUUAAUGGAAGCCAGCUUUAUGGGACAUACAAAAACUGUCGAAUUUUUACUAACACAAGAUUUUAAUAUAGAACAAAAAGCUGUGAAUGGUGACACAGCGUUAUUGCUUGCCUGUCAAGCUGGACACAUUAGCACUGUUGAGUUACUUUUACAACAUAAAGCAAGUCUGACUGAAGUAGAUAAUGAAGGAUAUAACGCUUUACUAAGAGCUGCAGGGAGCGGUCACACAGAUGUUGUUAAAUUUCUUAUUGAGAAAGGCGCUUAUAUUAAUUGGGUCAAUACAUUUAAAAGAAAUGCAUUAAUGGAAGCCAGUUUUAAAGGACAUGCAAAAACUGUGGAAUGUUUACUAACACUUAAUUUCAAUAUUCAACAGACGGAUAAUAAAGGAAACAGUGUGUUAUUAUUGGCUUGUGAAGCUGGACACCUCAGUACUGUUGAAUUACUUUUGCAACAUAAAGCAAGUCUGACUGAAGUAGAUAAUGAAGGAUAUAACGCUUUGCUAAGAGCUGCAUGGGGUGGUCACAUAGAUGUUGUCAAAUUUCUUAUUGAGAAAGGCGCUGAUAUUAAUUGGGUCAAUACAUUUAAAAGAAAUGCAUUAAUGGAAGCCAGUUUUAAAGGACAUGCAAAAACUGUGGAAUUUUUACUAACGCAUGAUUUCAAUAUUCAACAGACGGAUAAUAAAGGAAACAGUGUGUUAUUAUUGGCUUGUGAAGCUGGACACCUCAGUACUGUUGAAUUACUUUUGCAACAUAAAGCAAGUCUGACUGAAGUAUAUAUUGAUGGAUAUAACGCUCUACUUAAAGCUGCAUGGGGCGGUCACACAGAUGUUGUUAAAUUUGUUAUUGAGAAAGGCGCUGAUAUUAAUUGGGUCAAUACAUUUAAAAGAAAUGCAUUAAUGGAAGCCAGUUUUAUGGGUCAUACAGACACUGUCAAAUUUUUACUAACACAAGAUUUUAAUAUUGAACAAAAAGCUGUGAAUGGUGACACAGCGUUAUUGCUUUCCUGUCAAGUUGGACACAUUAGCACUGUUGAAUUACUUUUACAACACAAAGCAAGCCUGACUGAAGUAAAUAAUAAUGGAUACAACGCUUUACUAAGAGCUGCAUGGGGCGGUCACACAGAUGUUGUUAAAUUUCUUAUUGAGAAAGGCGCUGAUAUUAAUUUGGUCAAUACAUUUAAAAGAAAUGCAUUAAUGGAAGCCAGUUUUAUGGGACAUACAAAAACUGUCGAAUUUUUACUAACACAAGAUUUCAAAAUCCAACAGUCGGAUGAUGAUGGAAAUAGUGCUUUAUUAAUGGCUUGUAAUGCUGGACACCUCAGCACUGUUGAAUUACUUUUACAACACAAAGCAAGCCUGACUGAAGUAAAUAAUAAUGGAUAUAACGCUUUACUUAAAGCUGCAUGGGGAGGUCACACAGAUGUUGUUAAAUUUCUUAUUGAGAAAGGCGCUGAUAUUAAUUUGGUAAAUACAUUUAAAAGAAAUGCAUUAAUGGAAGCCAGCUUUUUGGGACAUACAAAAACUGUCGAAUUUUUACUAACACAAGAUUUUAAUAUAGAACAAAAAGCUGUGUAUGGUGACACAGCGUUAUUGCUUGCCUGUCAAGCUGGACACAUUAGCACUGUUGAGUUACUUUUACAACAUAAAGCAAGUCUGACUGAAGUAGAUAAUGAAGGAUAUAACGCUUUGCUAAGAGCUGCAUGGGGUGGUCACAUAGAUGUUGUCAAAUUUCUUAUUCAGAAAGGCGCUGAUAUUAAUUGGGUCAAUACAUUUAAAAGAAAUGCAUUAAUGGAAGCCAGUUUUAAAGGACAUGCAAAAACUGUGGAAUUUUUACUAACGCAUGAUUUCAAUAUUCAACAGACGGAUAAUAAAGGAAACAGUGUGUUAUUAUUGGCUUGUGAAGCUGGACACCUCAGUACUGUUGAAUUACUUUUGCAACAUAAAGCAAGUCUGACUGAAGUAUAUAUUGAUGGAUAUAACGCUCUACUUAAAGCUGCAUGGGGCGGUCACACAGAUGUUGUUAAAUUUGUUAUUGAGAAAGGCGCUGAUAUUAAUUGGGUCAAUACAUUUAAAAGAAAUGCAUUAAUGGAAGCCAGUUUUAUGGGUCAUACAGACACUGUCAAAUUUUUACUAAUACAAGAUUUUAAUAUUGAACAAAAAGCUGUGUAUGGUGACACAGCGUUAUUGCUUUCCUGUCAAGCUGGACACAUAAACACUGUUGAAUUACUUUUACAACACAAAGCAAGCCUGACUGAAGUAAAUACUAAUGGAUACAACGCUUUACUAAGAGCUGCAUGGGGCGGUCACACAGAUGUUGUUAAAUUUCUUAUUGAGAAAGGCGCUGAUAUUAAUUGGGUCAAUACAUUUAAAAGAAAUGCAUUAAUGGAAGCCAGUUUUAUGGGACAUACAAAAACUGUCGAAUUUUUACUAACACAAGAUUUCAAUAUCCAACAGUCGGAUGAUGAUGGAAAUAGUGCUUUAUUAAUGGCUUGUAAUGCUGGACACCUUAGCACUGUUGAAUUACUUUUACAACACAAAGCAAGCCUGACUGAAGUAAAUAAUAAUGGAUAUAACGCUUUACUUAAAGCUGCAUGGGGAGACGGAUAA